AUGGAGGCAAACGUAAGCAUGAUUAUUAGAGUGUGUGGUGGUUUAGGGUUUUUGUUGGUAGUGUUGGCAUAUGCAUGGAGGUUCUAUAAUUGGGUCUGGUUGACGCCAAAGAAUACAGAGAAGUUUCUUAGAGACCAAGGACUCAAGGGAACCUCCUACAAGUUUUUAUUUGGAGACGUGAUAGAAAUCGUGAAGGUGAUAACUGAGGCGAGUUUAAAACCUAUAAACCUAGCAGAUGAUAUCCUGCCACGGGUCCUGUCAUUUGUUCAUAGUUCUGUUACUACUCAUGGUAAGAAUUGUUUUAUAUGGGCGGGGCCGAAACCUAUACUGCAUAUAACGGAUCCAACAAUGAUACAGGAGAUGUUGGGAAAUUAUGAAGACUUUGAAAAGGUAAAAGGGGCAAAUCCACUGAUAGCGUUGCUAGCAAAAGGGUUGGCUCGACUUGAGGGUGAUCAAUGGGUGAAACAUAGAAAGAUCAUCAAUCCGGCCUUUCAUGUCGAGAAGCUUAAGCAUAUGAUACCAGCUUUUUACAUGAGUUGUGAUGAGAUGAUCAAAAAAUGGGAAGAUACAUUAAAGGAAGAAAGCUUGUGCGAAAUGGAUGUGUGGCCUCAUCUCCAAACAAUGACUAGUGAUAUGAUUUCACGUACAGCUUUUGGUAGUAGCUUUAUGGAAGGAAAAAGGAUAUUUGAACUUCAACGAGAACUGGCUAAUCUAAUUAUAACUCCUUUCAAUAUUUUGUUCUACAUUCCAGGAUCACAAUUUUUGCCAACAAAAAGCAAUAAGAGGAUUAAAGUGAUUGCCCAAGAAGUAACAGAUUUGGUAAGGGGUAUAAUAGAUAAACGAGUUACCGAAAUGAAAAAUGAGAAAUAUUGUAGCAAAGAUGACCUUCUUGGCAUACUACUAGACUCCAAUUAUGAAGAAAUUAAACAGCAUGGGAAUAACAAAUUUGGGCUAAGUAUUGGCGAUAUCAUUGAAGAGUGUAAGCUCUUCUACUUUGCGGGACAAGAGACUACUGCGACUUUACUUGUUUGGACUAUGGUUUUGUUGGCUCAACACAAAAAUUGGCAAGACCGUGCUAGAAAUGAAGCUUUAAAGGUCUUUGGUGAAAGAAAACCAGAUAUUGACGGGUUGAAUCAGUUGAAAAUUAUUAAUAAAAUCUUCCUCGAGGUUCUUAGGCUAUACCCUCCGAUAGUAGCACUCGCCCGAAUGACUCACAAAGAAACAAAAUUAGGAAACUUAACUUUACCAGCCGGAUCACUCAUUCAAUUGCACACAAUGCUUUCACAUUAUGACCCUAGUAUAUGGGGUGAUGAUGCGAAGGAGUUCAACCCGGAAAGGUUCUCUGAAGGCGUGUCAAAGGUAACCAAGGGACAAGCCGUGUAUAUUCCUUUCGGAGGGGGUCCGCGUGUUUGUAUUGGACAAAAUUUUUCAAUGUUGGAAGCAAAAAUGACUCUUGUUAUGAUUCUAUCACACUUCUCGUUUGAGCUUUCCCCGUCAUAUUCGCAUGCUCCACGUAGUAUCAUCACUCUUCAACCUCAGUUUGGUGCUCACUUGAUUAUUCGUAAACUUUCUGGUUAG